AUGCCGGGCAUUCUGCCAAUGAAGGUCAUCAAGGUGGGAACCAGCACGCAGAGCCGGAUCGCCCAAGCCUGCGACCGCUUGCAAGACCAGCGACAAGCUGAGCCGGCGCGCGUUUCCAGAGGAUACACCGAGAGUUUGGAGGAGAGAGUCAGGGUCCUGGAGGCUGAGGUUCGCGACCUGAAAGAUUUGCUGGACGAGAAGGACGAAAAGAUCGACAUGCUGUCCAAGAUGCACGGGAAUCAUCGCCGGCCGUCCAUAAGCUCCGGCUCGGGAAUGCCGUCGAACGCAAGCUCGCCUGUCGAGAGCAGGCCCGGGAGAGAGCCGACGCCACCAAAGGAGGACACAUUCAAGAUCCAAGCCUCACCGCUUCUGCUUGGGGUUGAGAACUCAGACUCAUACUUCAUGGGCCCCUCAAGUGGGCGAGGUUUCGUAGAAGCCUUCAAGCGCAAAUUGCAAGAGGCUGGCAAGCCAUCCUCGGACUUCAACACCGAGGCCUUCUUGCAUAUACAAGGCUGUUACCCGCUCGUGCCCAAAGAGUCAGCCGUGCCGAUGAGAGUGCCCCCGCGUCUCUUUACCGACCGAUGUGUCAACGUCUAUUUCCAGGAGUGGGCGCCAUUAUUCCCCGUCAUUCACAAGCCAACGUUUCUCCGUAUCUAUGAAGAGUUCGUGUCCGACCCGGAGAAGGUCAAAAACAACCACAAGCUGGCGCAACUGCACCUCGUCUUCAGCAUCGCUGCUCUCUCCAGCGACAGGCCGGAUCUGGUCCAGAUCGCUUCUUGUGAGCAACAAUGGCAGCGGUCAGUCGAGGCAGUCCUCAUGGAGAACACCAUGAACACCCUGCAGUGCCUUGUACUCGCCCUGGUUUACUGCACGGUACGGGCAGACUAUAAGCGCCUACAGCACUACAAGGGAAUCGCUGUGGGUCUGUCUCAUCGCUUGGGUCUCCACCAGAGCCAGAAGCGGUUCUCGUUCGGCGCCCUCACGAUCGAGACGCGCAAGAAGGUCUUCUGGACACUGUACACUCUAGACUGCUUCUCUGCUGCAAUCCUGGGGCUCCCCAAGUUGAUCAAGGAGGAGGACGCACAUGCGGAAUAUCCUUCCGACACAGAUGAUGAAUAUGUCACCGAGAAAGGUUUCCAGCCGACGCUCCCCGGAGAAUAUACCAAGCUUUCGUCUGCUUUGGCUCUCUUCCGCGCUGCUCGCAUCAUGGCCAAGGUGCUCGAGAAGCUCUACCCGGCGGCAACUUCGUAUGAUCUCUCAUUACAGCAGAUGUCUGCACUUGAAGCGGAGCUCGACAACUGGUCCGAGAACCUUCCCCAGCACUUGAAGCUCACCUUCCGACAAGACAAGCCGUCGACGGAUGUUACUGGCAGCAGGUCACCCUUGUUGUCUCUCACAUACUAUUACAUCCGCACACUUAUCUACAGGCCGGCUAUUGGCUCCAGCCUUGGCCACAAGGCAGCACCCGCUCGGUUAUCUGUGAGCGAAUCAGCAAAGCAUAUGAUACAAAUUGCGCAGCUGCUUGAAGAGAGGAGCAUGUCGUUUUCUUUCUGCCUCAACAAGGCCGACCUGCUAUUGAUCUGCGGCAUGACACUGUUGUACCAAGGUAUCGACCUGAAGCAAGACAGCAAAAUGCUGAAGGAUAACGAGCGGCUUGUCAAUGCCGUCAUCAAGAUCGUCGAGCGGAUGAAGGCACCCAGCACGUAUGAUUUCAAGCGGAUUGCGAGCAUGCUGGUCAGUCUUGAUGAGCCAGUGACCUCGCUGCCAACGCCGCCGAGGCAGAGUCCGGACACGAGUAUGGCUGCACCGCCGCCGCAAAGAUCGUCGCCAGCCCCGAAGUCAAAGAAGAAGUCCUCGCAUGGUCACCAGUCCCAACAGUACCCACUCGGUCGACACUCGGGUGCGAGCAUGAGCGAAACCGACCUGUUAUCUCAGCAGGAGAAGCUUAGAAGGAUGACAAUGCCAAGCCUCACGCCCGUCCCAGGCGCCGGACGGCCGGACCUACAUCGUUCCGCCUCCCGCACAUCCUUCGACAGUGUCAGGCCCAACCCAGCGUCGAUCAUGCAGCGCCGCGACCAACGUCUAUCCACCUCGCAGGCCGCCAUGAUAGCGCGCGUGUCAUCGGGGCAAAAGACGAACUUGGACUUCCUCUCAUUAGGCAAUGCAGCGAGCCAGCCCGGCUCGUCUUCACCGGCGCAGAAUCAUCACCACGUCCCGACGAGCGGUGCCCCGACUCAACAACACUAUGCACCCAUCCAGGUCCCGCCGAAAGUGGCUGCGGGAGGUGUCUCGCCGUCCGAAUGGGAGGCGCUACUGGGCCAGAUUGACGGCGGGCAGGUCAACCUCUACGACGCCAUCUACGGAGGCCCUCAGGUGUCGCUCGAGACGCCCGUGAACUCGGCUGUGGAGAGCAGCUGGUCGCCCGACUCGCUCGACCUCUCGACGUUCAACCUGGGGGACUUCGGUGGCGCCACGCAGGGUGGCAGCCUAAGUGAGGAGAGCCUGAGUUCUGUGUCUGGGGGCGACGACCUGUCAUCGCUGGACUUGCGUGAUUUCCAGGGCAAUCAUGGGGCGAUGAUGCCUGGGGCAGGCGACGAAGGAUUCAUGAUGGAGGGGAUGCCGGUGGGUGGCAACUUUGGAAUUUGA